UACUUGAAUCUGAUUGGCUGCUGGGCUCAAGGAGUUUUCAAAUCGAAGCAGCAGCUGACGGAGCUGUCAAAACAGUCGACCGGAGGCGAGAGGAGUGAGCGUCUGACGCCAUGAGGACGAGUGAGUUUGACUCCUCAUCUGAAGAGGAGGAGAUCGGAGAGGAACAGCUGACACCCUUCCACAUCUCCUGGUUACCUCUGUCCAUAGUGGAGUGCUCACAGUUUCUCGGGAUAUGUGCACUACCAGGUUGCAAAUACAAAGAUAUCCGCAGGAGUCUGGAAAGAGAUGUUGAGGAGCUCCAGAACCAGGGCGUGCAGGAAGUGUUUGUUUUCUGCACCAGAGGAGAACUUAACAAGUACAGGGUUCCCUCCCUGCUGGACGUCUACCAGCAGCGAGGCUUCACAGUUCACCACAUGCCCUUUCCAGACGGAGACGCUCCCGAGCUGACGCAGUGCUGCCAGAUCCUCGAGGAGCUGCAGGUCAGCCUCGAGAACAACAGGAGGACUGUGAUCCACUGUUACGGAGGCCUCGGACGCUCUGGAUUAAUCGCCGCCUGUCUGCUGCUUCAGCUCUCUGUUACAAUGACGGCAAACAAAGCCAUCGAAAUCCUCCGGGAGCACAGAGGAGGAGGAGCGAUACAAACGGUGAAGCAAUACAACUUCCUCCAUGAGUUUCGGGAACGGUACGCAGCUUACCAAGAGAGCAGAGAGGCGUCUACAGAGCGCUCGGUGUCUCGGUGAUCGCUGCUCUUCUCUUCAAAUCAUGAGCUGUGAAAAUAUUGAUCUCUGCAAACUGUUAUUUGUUAGUGAUUCUCUCCUGAGUGUGUGAUAUAAUUGUAUUCUCUGAUGAUUGCACUUUAACAGAAUACUCUAAUAUAUUGCUUUUUUUCACCCUCAUUGUAAUCAAAUUAAAGACUUGAUGAGGAAAUCCUGCUGGAGCGUUAUUAGUGAGUUUAGAAUAUGUUGUUUGAAUUCAUAUCACAAUUAAAAUAAUAUUGAGGAUGUUAACUAAAAAAA